AUGAUUCCAGAUUUGCCUUUUGUCUCUCGUCGAUCGGUUGUUCAUGCUACUCAUGGCAUGGUAUCAAGCUCACAACCACUUGCAACCCAAGCUGGUGUUGAUAUUCUUAAAAAGGGUGGAAAUGCAGCCGAUGCAGCUGUCGCUGUGGCUGCUGCUAUAAAUGUUACCGAAGCAGCUUCCACUGGUAUUGGUGGUGACGUCUUUUGCUUAUAUUACGAUGCUAAAAAGCGCACCGUCACCGGUCUUAAUGGAUCUGGAAGAGCGCCUGCUGCAUUGACAGUGGAGCAUUUACGCAAAGAAGCAGGUCCUGAUACCAACGUUGUUCCUCCUCAAAGUGUUCAUGCCAUUACUGUUCCUGGUGCUGCUGCUGCUUGGGUUGAUACUGUUGACAAGUUUGGAUCGGGCAAGCUGGAUCUUGCCACCAUCCUUGAACCAGCAAAGAUGAUGGCUAAAGAAGGAUUUCCUGUUUCCCAUCUCUCCGCUCGUUUGUGGGGUGAAGAAGAAGAAGCUUUGAAAAAGAGAAAUCCUGGUCGUGGCAACAUGCUUAUCAACAAUGAGCGUGCUCCUCGGGAAGGCAACAUUAUCCAGCUACCUGAACUUGCAGAUACAUUUGAUAUGCUCGCCAAGCAUGGCAAGGAAGGCUUUUACAAAGGACGUAUUGGAAAAGCAAUCGUGGAUGCUAUUCAGGCUGAGGGUGGUGUGAUGACCCUUGAAGACCUUGCUGCUCAUGACACAGAGGUGAUUGACGUUCCUCUUUCGCUCGAGUACCACGAUUGGACUAUUUGGGAAAUCCCACCCAAUGGUUCAGGCAUCACUACGCUUAUCGCCCUUGGUAUUAUGGAAGCUCUUGAAGAACAACAUGGUCUUGAUAUCAAAUCCAUGAACCCACAUUCGCCUCAAUACUUGCAUAUUGUGAUUGAAGCUUUGCGUGUUGCUUUUGCCGAUACACGUUACUAUGUGACCGAUCCUCAAGUGCAGCCUUGCCCUACCGAAAAAUUGCUCAGCAAGGAGUAUCUUAAAGAGCGUGCCAAGCUCAUCAAGUUGGACAAGCGCAACGGCGAUGUACAAAAGGGAUACCCUGAAGAUGAGAGCAACACUGUAUAUUUUUCGGUCGUCGAUGGUGAAGGCAAUGCCUGCAGCUUUAUUAAUUCAAACUUUAUGCAUUUUGGGUCGCAUAUUGUUCCUGAAGGCUGUGGUUUUGCGUUGCACAAUCGUGGUGCCAAUUUCGUCUUGAUUGAAAACCAUCCCAACUGCAUUGGACCUAGCAAGCGUCCUUACCAUACCAUCAUUCCAUCCAUGAUCACACGCAAGACACCACAAGGGGACCACGAUCUCGAAGCUUGCUUUGGUGUGAUGGGUGGAUACAUGCAACCCCAAGGACAAGUCCAAGUAAUCAUGAAUCUCAUGCAUUUCCUUUCCAAUCCACAACAUGCCCUUGAUAUGCCUCGUGUGUGUAUCUCGCCUCCUCCUCCCAAGGGUGGUGCUACCGUCGCAUAUACUUUUACGGAUGUCCAAGACAGCGUUGUAUACAUUGAAGAUGGCAUUCCCCAAGAAACCAUUCGCCAAUUAGAGGGCAUGGGUCACGUGUGCUAUCGUCUCCAUGGCUAUGCACGUUCGAUGUUUGGUCGUGGUCAAGUGAUUCGUGUCAAGAAUGAUGAGACAACGGGUCAACGUGUGCUGGCUGCUGGUAGUGAUCCUCGUGGUGAUGGUCAUUCGGCAGGCUGGUAA